AUGACGUGACGUUGGAGCAGCUUUCGGAGGAGUGUCAGCGACUGUACAACCUGAAGCACGACAGCGCCAUGAUCGAAUCUCCGUCCACGUAUGACCAAGUACAAGCGAUAAGAAAAUUUGGUGGGAAGCGGUACGAAAAGCGUGACCGUGAGUCACCGAAACAUCCUUCCAGUGACACCGACAGGAAACCAAAUUCGCCAUGUUGGUUUUGCGGUGGAUUCCACUACGUUCGGGACUGUAGAUACAAGAGCCACAAGUGUUCCGAAUGUGGCCAGUUCGGGCAUCGUGAGGGGUACUGUGCCAGUGCCAAACCCCGAAAAACUGGAAGGAGGCGCAGGAAGCAACCAGUGUCCGCCAAGGUGGUGGUCGUCGAUGUGUGCAGUGUGCAGCAACGACGCAGAUAUGUCUCCGUGGGCUUUUCCGGAACAAAAAUUCGCCUGCAACUCGACACCGCCUCAGACAUCACCGUCAUUAGCAGGGAGAUUUGGCGGAGCAUUGGCAGUCCUGCGUUAUCGUCAGCAACGGUGAAGGCGAAGACGGCAUCUGGCAGCAUACUAUCGCUCGAUGGGGAGUUCGAGUGCGACGUCACCAUCGGAAGCAGUACACGACGUGAGCUCAUCCGUGUAACCGAGAAGCAGCUGCAGUUACUCGGAUCCGAUUUGGUCGACAGUUUCAACCUUUGGGCCGUCCCUAUGGACACCUUCUGUUGCCACGUGUCUGGAACGCCAGUGUCGACAGGUGCACUCAAGUCGUCUUUUCCAGAGGUCUUCAGCGAGAAGCUCGGCUUGUGCACCAGAACAAAAGUGAAGUUGGAGUUGAAAGAAAACGUUCGACCCGUCUUCUGUCCGAAGCGUCCGGUAGCUUACGCUAUGUAUGAUACCGUUGAUCGCGAGCUCGACCGGCUAGAGAAAUUGAACAUCAUCACCCCGGUCGAUUAUUCGGAGUGGGCCGCUCCGAUCGUCGUAGUCCGCAAGUCCAAUGGCUCCAUCAGGAUUUGCGGAGACUACUCAACGGGUCUGAAUGCAGCUCUCCAAUCACAGCAGUAUCCACUUCCACUUCCGGAUGACAUCUUCGCCAAGCUGGCUAAGUGUAAAAUCUUCAGCCAGAUAGAUUUGUCCGACGCCUUCUUACAGGUGGAAGUUGACGAGCAGUACCGUAGUUUGCUGACGAUCAAUACGUAUCGUGGUCUCUACCUCUACAACCGCCUGCCGCCGGGUUUGAAGAUCGCGCCUGGCGCAUUUCAGCAGCUCAUCGACACAAUGUUAGCCGGACUGAAGGGCACUUCUGGCUACCUCGAUGACGUCAUCGUCGGCGGAGAAACUGAAGAGGAGCACGACCUCAAUCUACGGGGUGUCCUGAAGCGAAUCCAAGAUUUCGGAUUCACGAUUCGUGUUGACAAGUGUUCGUUUCGCAAGCAGCAAAUCCGAUACUUGGGGCACAUCGUCGACAGUCGCGGGUUGCGACCAGAUCCGGCGAAAAUCGAGGCGAUCACCAAGCUGCCGCCUCCAGCCGAUGUAUCCGGUGUGCGAUCGUUUUUGGGAGCCAUCAACUACUACGGCAAGUUCGUCCCCAACAUGCGCAUGCUACGCUACCCGCUCGACAAUCUCCUCAAGGUGGAGACGAAGUUCAGCUGGAGUCCGGAGUGCCAGAAAGCGUUCGACCGGUUCAAGCAGAUUCUCUCGUCGGAUCUUCUCCUCACACACUACGAUCCGAAGCGGGAGAUCAUCGUUUCUGCUGACGCUUCAUCCGUUGGACUUGGGGCUACCAUUAGCCAUAGGUUCCCAGAUGGAACCAUCAAGGUGGUCCAACAUGCAUCCAGGGCGCUCACGAAGGCAGAACAGGGCUACAGUCAGCCCGAUCGCGAAGGUCUGGCCAUCAUCUUCGCCGUCACGAAGUUCCACAAAAUGCUCUUCGGACGGCACUUCCGUUUGCAAACCGAUCAUCGCCCGCUGCUUCGUAUCUUCGGCUCUAAGAAGGGAAUUCCAGUGUACACUGCGAACCGCCUGCAACGCUUCGCCCUCAACUUGCUGCUCUACGACUUUGAGAUCGAGUACGUGUCCACUGAGAAGUUCGGCAACGCAGACCUGCUCUCCCGGUUGAUCGACCAGCACAUCAAGCCUGAAGAGGACUACGUCAUCGCGAGUCUCAAUCUGGAAGAGGAUAUUAGGUCAGUAGUAAUCAAUACGGUUAAAGUGUUGCCUCUCAAUUUCAGAGUCGUUGCGCAAAGCAACCAAGCAGAUCCGCUGCUCCGUCAAGUCCACCGCUACGUUCAGAACGGCUGGCCCCAGUCAACACUCGAUGGGUCAGAACUUCGCCGGUUCCAAUCAAGGCAGGAAUCGCUCUCUGUGGUGGAUGGGUGUAUUUUGUUUGCCGAACGACUCGUCAUUCCGUCGCUGCAUCGGAAACGGUGCCUCGAACAGCUGCACCGUGGCCAUCCGGGCAUGCAGCGAAUGAAAGCCAUCGCUAGGAGCUACGUGUACUGGCCUACGUUGGAUGCCGACAUCGUCAGCUUCGUCAAGGCAUGCCAGCAGUGUGCGUCUGUAGCUCGAUCACCUCCUCACUCUCCACCGGUGCCGUGGCCCAAAUCGACCGCUCCGUGGCAACGCGUCCACGUCGACUUCGCCGGUCCAAUCGAAGGCGACUACUACCUGCUCGCUAUCGAUUCGUUCUCUAAGUGGCCCGAGAUCAUCCGAACGACCCGCAUCACCUCUGCUGCGACCAUCAGCAUCUUGCGUGGGUUGUUCGCGCGGCUGGGUAUGCCCGUAACCUUGGUCAGUGACAACGGUACCCAGUUUACCAGCGCCGAAUUCGCCGAUUUCUGCGCUUCCAAUGGCAUCGAGCACCUUACGACAGCACCGUUUCAUCCACAAUCAAAUGGCCAGGCGGAACGAUUUGUGGAUACCUUCAAGCGAGCCGUCAAGAAAAUUCGAGAGGGGAGAGGAUCCAUUGAAGAAGCACUGGAUGUCUUCUUGCUGACGUACCGAAGCACGCCCAGUCGUGCUCUGCCGGAUCAGAAGUCGCCAUCUGAGAUCAUGUUUGGUCGCAAAAUCCGAACGUGUCUCGAGCUUCUGCGUCCACCACCGGUACGUGUCCCAGUACCAACCGACGAUGACCGCAAGCAACCGAGGUCCUUCAACCGAAACGAGACCGUGUACGCCAAACUAUAUGGUCGUACCGGUUGGAAGUGGGCUCCUGGUGUCGUCGUCGAGAAGAUCGGAGACGUUAUGUACAACGUAUGGGUCGAAGAUCGCCGAAUGCUACGCUCGCAUAUCAACCAACUUCGGAGUCGCCUUGCUGCUGGCGCGAUACCGAAGCAACCCACUGUACAUGCCACCUUAAACCAACAUUCGCUGCCGCUGGACAUUUUGCUGGAUGCCUGGGAUCUCCCAAGCCAAUCACCAGGUCCAUCUUCACCAGAGCCUGUCUCCAGUGCUGAGAGAACCAUGGUAGAUUCCGGGCCGACUCUUGCAACGUCUACGCCACGUCAUGAGGUCUCGGCGUUCGUCCCGUCAUCAGCAUCGUCAUCAUCAACAACAACAACGCCAACAUCGACAGAGUUCGAGUCCGCUGUCGAAGUAGAACUAGCUGUAGACAUCCCUAGGCGCUCUUCACGACUACGAAGACCGCCAGUAAGGUUUGAUCCGUACCACCUCUAUUAAGAGGGGAGAUGUUGUGGACAACCCUAUUUUGCCGCGCUCGGAUACGUUAUUCAUCCGACGCAGCUCAGACCGCAGGGCUCGCGUGCGACAGCAUGACUGUCACUGAGCGAUGCUGGAGAUGCGCAUAUAUGUGUUUUUAAU